GGGUUUCGGAACUAACACAGAGCGACAGUGAAAGCAAGAGCUAGCAAGACUAGUGAUCAGAUCAGAGAGUACUGUGAGUGUGAGUGAGAGAGAAAGUAAGAAAGCCAAUAGAGAUGGCAAGGUGGAGCGUAAUGCUGGUUGUUUUUCUGGCUGUAGUAGUUCAAAGCACUACAGCAAGAACUGUGCCCAGCGAUGCAGGCGCUGGCCUCGACGACCAGAAGAACUUCGUCUCAUACGGAGGGGUUGGCGGCUAUUCCGGACUGGGUAGCAAUGGGCUCCCCUUUGGUGGAAUAGGUGGAGCUGCUGGGAUAGGCGGCGGCCUUGGUGGUGGUCUUGGAGGUGGGCUUGGCGGUGGUCUUGGCGGGCUCGGCGGAGUAGGCGGGAUUGGUGGCUUGGGUGGAACAGGUGGCUUGGGUGGGACAAUUGGUGGCGGUGUCGGCGUUGGCGGUGGAGCUGGUGGGGGUGUAGGCGGUGGCGUUGGUGGCGGUACCGGUGUUCUUCCAUAUCCUUGAAGUAUCGUACGUACGUACGUGUGCAUGGGAUUUGAGUUAAUUAGCCUAUCAAAUGUUUGGCAGCAGUCCUUAAGUAAUUAGUUGUCGUGUGAUCAUUUUCUGUAAUUUUUUUUUCUUUUUUUUUUUCAGUCUUUCUGGGCAGUGAGAUGUUUGUAUUUGGUUAUGUUUGCUAAUUAAUGUCUUAGAAACCAGAAAUAAUAUUAAGAAAAAAUGUUCCCAUUUUUCUUUACUUUUA